AUGGCACUUUCAUCUGUUCCCCAUGAAACUCGUAGAAUGUUUGAUACCUUGGACAAAAAUGGCGACGGGAAGCUCAGUCUGCAUGAAAUCACUUGCUUCCUCAAUAAGCUUGGAAUACAUCUAACAGAGGAAGAAUUAAAGUGUAUGGUGAUGGUUGUUUCUCACAGCGAAGAUAGUAGCAUAACAUUUGAUGAAUUUGUUGAGCUUUACCAAUCUGUUCUGGAUGAGAGCAGUUCCAGUACCAGUACCGGUAGUAAUGAAGGAAGCCAGGAUUUAUCAUUGAUGAAGGCAUUCAAAGUUUACGAGUGA